CGGAGCGCUGAGGCAGCAGCGCCGCUCGCGCUUCACGACAGUCGGAAAUGUGAAAGCAAGCAAGAAGCAGCCUUUAUUUUUCCCCUCUCUCUCUGUCUCUCUCUCUCUGUCUCUCUCUCUCUCUUUCUGUCUUUUCUUUUUUCUUUUUCAUACACGUACACACACAGGCGGACGCUGCGAUCAAGUGGACACACACACACACACACACACACAUCAACACGUACAUUCAUAAACACACCGAUUCGUUACAGUCACACACACACACACACACACACACUUCCCAAAUUCGAGCACCAGAUAUGUAUUCUCCGCUAUGCCUAACACAGGAUGAAUUCCAUCCUUUCAUCGAAGCACUGCUGCCCCACGUGCGUGCAUUCGCCUACACUUGGUUUAACCUGCAGGCCCGCAAGCGAAAGUACUUCAAGAAGCACGAGAAGCGCAUGUCCAAGGAAGAGGAGCGCGCUGUGAAGGACGAGCUGCUGAGCGAGAAGCCUGAGGUCAAGCAGAAGUGGGCGUCCCGGCUGCUGGCCAAACUGCGUAAGGACAUCCGGCCUGAGUUCCGCGAGGAUUUUGUGCUCACCGUGACGGGGAAGAAGCCUCCGUGCUGCGUGCUCUCCAACCCCGACCAAAAAGGCAAGAUGAGGAGGAUCGACUGCCUGCGCCAGGCAGACAAAGUGUGGCGCUUGGACCUGGUAAUGGUGAUUUUAUUCAAAGGUAUUCCCCUCGAAAGUACUGAUGGAGAGAGGCUGGUUAAAUCACCGCAGUGCUCGAACCCAGGGUUGUGCGUGCAGCCGCAUCACAUAGGAGUUUCAGUUAAGGAGCUGGACCUGUACUUGGCCUACUUUGUACAUGCAGAAGCUGCGCAGUCUGAAAGUCCAAACCAGCCCAGUGAAGGGGACGUUAAGGAUCAGCCAGAAAAUGGACAUCUAGGCUUCCAGGACAGUUUCGUCACAUCAGGUGUCUUCACUGUCUCCGAACUUGUCCGAGUCUCACAGACCCCAAUUGCAGCAGGGACAGGACCCAACUUCUCACUGGCAGAUUUGGACAGCUCCUCUUACUACAGUAUGAGCCCAGGGGCUAUGAGACGCCCCUUACCCAGCACCUCUUCUAGCAGUUCUGCAAAGCGGAUUAAGUGUAUGGAGGAGGAGGUGGACAGUCCAGGCGAGGAGUCCUACUAUCCUGGUCAGGGACGAUCUCCAGGCAGCGGAAGCCAAGCCAGCAGCUGGCAUGAAGUAGAGCCAGGAGUGCCAUCGCCCACCACAUUAAAGAAGUCAGAGAAGUCUGGUUUCAGCAGCCCUGUGCCUUCGCAGACCUCCUCCCCCCGAACGGCAUUCACACACCAUCAUCGAGCAGUCAUUACAGGACCCAGAGCGAGUCCUCACGCUACGCCGUCAAGUCUUCAUUUCCCGACGUCUCCAAUCAUCCAGCAGCCCGGCUCCUACUUCUCCCACCCCGCCAUCCGUUACCACCCGCAGGAGACGCUCAAGGAGUUUGUCCAACUUGUCUGCCCUGACAGUGGUCAGCAAGCUGGACAGGUGGGCUUCCUGAACCCCAAUGGCAGCAGUCAAGGGAAAGUUCACAACCCAUUUUUGCCCACGCCCAUGUUGCCCCCACCGCCGCCCCCGCCCAUGGCGCGACCUGUGCCACUGCCUGUGCCAGACUCCAAACCUCCCUCCACCACAGCUGAGGGAGGGGGCACCUCGCCCACCUCGCCAACCUACUCCACACCAAGCACGUCCCCUGCCCAGCGCUUUGUCAGUGUAGGCCCCAGAGACCCCAGCUUUGUAAAUAUCCCUCAGCAGCCUCAGUGGUACCUGGGCUAAGGACUCCAGAUUCAGACCGGCCUCUCCCGAGCUCAAAUGCUUCUCCCUGCCUCCCCUGAAUGUGACCUUCAAAUGUGCCCACCGGAGUGAUGCGCCAGGAUCUGCCCGCCGCCCUCAACGCCCACAGACCCGCAGCAUGGCUACAGCAAAACCCAGAACAAAUCCAAACAAAUCAACUCAACACGCUUACAACAAACGUACUCAGUAUCUGUAUAUCCCAUAUAUAUUCCUUCAGAUGUAUGGUUUCUGUUCCUAUAUUGAUAUAAUGUAACUGUCCAGCUCUUCUCUCUUCAGGAGAUUAGGCUUGAAAAUGGAGAGAUCUGAUUUACUUGGAAACUUGCAUGAUUUUGUUUGUUUGACCAGAUAAGGAAAAUAUAAUGUGACACAAUCAAAGAGCUUCCUUCAGUCCAUGACUGUACCCAGUCUCGUUGAGAGCCGAAUAUCUUUAUCACUAAUUCCUGAAUUUGUUGCAGUUUCACGUAUUGGCUACGUGAUUUGAUCAUCCCAGACUGGCGCUCCCCGUGCUCCUCUCCCCCCGUGUUUGGCAGGAUCUGGCGGUUUUCGGGUAGAACCCUAGUUCUGCUUGUGGACUUCUUACAGAGGUUUUACUUGGAUCAGAUAUUCCACCAGCUAAAACCUCUCUCUUGACUCAAUAGUCUGUUCUGACCAGAACUGUUCAUCCAUAUCUUCACCGCCGAGACCUUCAGCGCCAUGCCCACGGCCCAACGGACUUCAUGUGCCGGGAAAUGGCAACUAUGAGAAGAUAUUCCCCUGGUUUGUGUCUCGGGGCAGGAAGUGAGAAGAUGGUGACGUUUGAUAUGAGCUCAGAAGGCUAUAAAAUGAAGAAUUAAUAUGGGAGAUUUUUUAAGAAAUUGUCUCCCAUCUCGGAGAUGCGUUCAUAUUUUUCCUUUUGUGUUUGAGUCAUUUCAGUUGUUUCUAAUACACCCCAUGUAAAGGUCUGCUAUUAGAGAGAACGGGCGGAUAGAAAGGCUGAGCUUCCAUUCAUUAACAACACGUAAGACGACCAUAAUUGGAGGCAAACGGAAUUUUGAAUGGAGGGAAGUGCAAUUUUGUUGGAAAGCUGUCAGAUUGUUAAAUAUCUUUUGUAAGAUAGAUCAUUGCAGCGAUUGUUGAAAAGUAUAUAUAUCUAUAUAUAUUUUUCUUCCUAGUCCAUUCACACCUCUGGGACUCUAAAAUAUCGGGGUAAAAAAAUAGAUCAAAUAGCCUAGUGAGAAAUAGAGGGAGCUGUACGUGCUUAUUAUUAUUUUUUUUAAUGUUUGUUCAUCUUUGUAAAUUUGUUCAUAUUGUAGAACAAAUAUCCCUUUAAGAAAAUUUAAACAAUCAAUUUUAAACAUUUUGACAACUUCAUAAAUGCAUUGACAUUAGACUGCUGUGCAAGUAUGUUUCCAAAAAGCUAAUUAACUUAUUUUAAUGAAGCACAUAAUAUAGGAGCAGGAGCUGUUCUUAAUUUCUCAUCAGGCAAACUCCAUUGUGUGUAACAUUCGAAAGAUUUGAUCAUAUCAGCAGCUUCAGAAAUGGUUGGUUAUGAGAGCUCUCAGAAUAGGAACACUAAU